AUGGAGAUGAGAUAUACGAUAAAUGCUAACUUGAGGCAAUGCAAUCCGUAUUUUUAUACCCAUGUAUUCCAUGUUAAAGGGAGAUGGAUUGGCAUGACAGUUUUGGACGUUUUUUGCAAUGAGUUCAAAUCAAGGAGUGAGGAGUAUUAUAGAUUAAACAUUGACAAUGGAACAAUAAAACUCAUACGCAAUAGGGGCCUCGCAACAGAGCAAACAAUAGACAAAAGUCUUUUGUAUAGUACUCUUAUUAAAAGUGGUGACUGCGUAGUGAAUACAGAACACAAACAUGAACCUGAGGUUGGUAUCGGGGAAGAGAUUGUCUACCAGGAUGAUAAUAUUUUGGUUGUGAACAAGCCAUGCGGUGUUCCUGUACAUCCUACGGGCAAGUAUUAUUACAACACUAUGACAGAAAUUAUGAAAAAUGAAUUGGGUGUAUCGUCACUUUACCCGUGUCAUCGAUUGGACAGAUUGACUUCAGGUAUUUUGAUUAUUGGAAAGACACCCCGUGCCGCAGCAAAGUAUCAAACCCAGUUGAAACAGAACUCCAUACAAAAAACAUACAUUGCUCGUGUAGAUGGUGAAUUCCCGAUGGGCAAUAUCGUUUGUUCGGAUAAAAUUGUUAACAUAGAUUGUAAAAGGGGAAAAGAAAACGGAAUUACAGAACCAAAAGAAGCACUUACUAAUUUCCAACGGCUCGCAUAUAGUACUAGCUUAAAUCAAAGUAUAGUAAAAUGCAGCCCGAAAACAGGUCGGACUCACCAGAUUCGGAUCCAUCUCAGAAACCUGGGCCAUCCCAUAGCAAAUGAUCCACUGUAUGGUUUCAACGAGUUGCUUGGUAUAAGAAGAGAAUCACCGUGUGGAACGCUAAGUGAAAAGUCAUUUGAACAAGUUGUUAAAUUAGCAACAAAGAAAAGAGAUGAAUCAAGGUCUGCAAAUACUUGCCCAAAAUGCGGAAUCAACUUGUACAGGCAAAGGAAUCCAGAAGAGUUGGGAAUAUGGCUGCACGCGCUUAGUUAUCGGUCAAUUGACUGGAAGUUUCAUACUCGGUAUCCUCCUUGGGCUAAACUGCAGGUUUGA